AUGCCACACAUUUUCUCAGAGGACAACGCCUAUUCAAGGUUGUGUUGGGAAGAGGUGGUGAAAAUCAUGGAGUGUAAGAAGCAAAGAGACCUCAAGAUCUUUCCGGUAGUGAAAAUCAUGGAGUGUAAGAAGCAAAGAGACCUCAAGAUCUUUCCGGUAUUGUAUAGAGUGGAAUUAGGUAGAGUGAGUGGAUUGAAAGGGAGUUACUUAACUGGUAUCGAAUAUUUUCGAAAGAAGCUCAACAAAGAUGUGAGGAAAUUGAUGAGAUGGAAGGAUGCUCUCCAAGAGGCGGGUAGCUUGUCCGGGUGGUACUUGGAUAAUGAAACGUCGGAGGCCAAGAUAAUUGAAGACAUCGUCAAAAAGAUCUCUGAACUGAAAAUGUACGAUGUGUUUCUGAGCUUCAGAGGUAAGGAUGUCCGUGAUUACUUUGUUAAGGGUCUGAACGAGGCCUUGGUGCAAAAGGGCAUAAAGACUUUCAUGGACAGCAAGAACUUACGGAUGGGCCAGGACUUCCCAUCAAAACUGAAGGAAGCCAUUGAACAAUCUCGCAUGUACGUUAUCGUUUUCUCAGAAAACUACUCUAAAUCUUGGUGGUGUCUGAAGUGA